AUGACGCCACGUCCGUGCACGUACAACGCCCUCCUGGCCGUUUGUAUCCAGUGCGGCGAUCCCUCGGCGGCCGUGAGGACGUUCAAGGAGGCCGUGGAAAGCAACAUGGCCGACGUCGUGACCUACAAUACCAUGAUCAAGUGCCUCACCCAGCAUGGUAAGCUUGCGAAGGCGCGCGCGGUGAUGACCAGCAUGUACGCCAUCGGGCUGCACCCGAACGUCGUGACAUACAACGAGCUCAUCGACGCAAACGUCAAGCAGCAGAACAGCCGUGCAGUCUGGGAGCUGGUCGACGAGAUGCAGAGCAACAAGGUGGCUCCCAGCACGAUCACCGUGUCCAUCCUCUUGAAAACGUUGGACAGGAAGGCGUCUUCAGCCGAGUUCCACAAGGUCAUGACCGCAGUGGCCUGCGUCGAGAAUCAGAUGGACGAGGUGCUCUUCAGUUCGCUGCUCGAGGCAUGCAUCCGAGCCGGCCGCAAGGACAUCCUGCAGACACAGCUGCAGAGGCACCGCGGUUCCGACAGGCGCAUCGAGGUGACCGGGAUCCACACGUUCGGCAGCUUGUUCCGCGCGUACGGUCAGGUCGGAGACACGGACGGGCUUUGGAAGGAAUGGAAGCUUAUGCGGUCUCUGAAUCUCAUGCCGACGCAGAUCACCUUCGGGUGCAUGGUGGAGGCCGUCGCCAUCAACGGCGACCCCCACUCGGCGCUCGAGCUGAUCAGGGAGAUGUGGAACGACAGCGACACCAGCCACCUCGUGAACGCAGUCGUCUACUGCUCCGUCGUCAGGAGCUACUCGCAGCAGAAGGAGUUCGCCCUGGUGUGGGAGGUGUACGAGGAAAUGAGGUCGCGGAAGGUCGUCUGCUCGAACGCCAAUUUCAACGCCCUCUUCGACGCCUGCGCGCGCAGCGGCGAGAUGGAGCGGGCCCCGGCGAUCCUCGAGGAGAUGAAGCGGCAGGGCAUCGAUGCGAAUCUCAUCACGUGGAGCACCUUGCUCAAGGGCUACUGCCAGGCAAAUCAGCUCGACAGGGCGUUCGACAUCCUGGACCACAUGCAGGACAGUUGCGGGCUCGAGCCAGACGAGGUCGUGUAUAACACUCUGCUCGAUGGGUGCGCCAGGCAGGGCAUGCUCGAGCGCGGGCUUGAACUUUUUGAGAGGAUGCAGGCCUCAUCGACGCAGCCCUCGUGCUACACGCUGUCCGUGCUGGUCAAACUGGCGAACCGUGGCGGGGACCUAGACCUCUGUUUCCACCUGGUGGAGUCGACGACGCGCAAGUACGACAUGAGGCCCAACACCUACGUGUACAACAACUUGAUGCAGGCGUGCAUGCAGCACCGGGCCGCCGCGCGGGGCAUGGAGGUCUUCGAGGCCAUGCUGGGGCAGACGGUGCGCCCCGACGCCAGGACGUACUGCGUGAUGCUGCGCGGGCUCGUGGGCGCGCGCAUGGUGGAGGACGCAACGGGCCUGGCACGCUGCGCCUGGGGCAUCCCGACGGACCACCCCGUCAUCUCGGGGAACCACGGCGGCGUGGCGGUGCUCAAGGCCCGCCGAUCCGAGCUGCCCGCCGAGCUGGCCACCGAGGUCGUGGAGGGCCUGGCGCGGGUGAGCGGCGCGGAGGCCACCGCCCUCGCGCUGCUCGACGAGCUCGAGGAGUUCCAGGGCAUCCGCUUCGACCCGAAGCUGCGCUCGCGGCUCACCAGCAAGGCGGCGCGUUCCUCCGAGUCUGCCAGGCGCUGA